AUGUUGGUUAUGUUUGAGGAGUUGUUUUGCGAUCAAGUACAUACAUUUGGAGGUACUGUAAGUUAACAUGCUUGAGAAUAUUGUAAGAUAAUAUAGUUGGAGGUACUGUAAGAUACUAUACUGGGAGUUACUGUAAGAUAUUAUGGCUGGAGGUACUGUAAAGUAAUAUACUUGACGGUAGUGUACGAUAAUAUAGUUCAAGGCUCUCUGUAAGAUACUAUAAUUAGAGGUGCUGUAAUUUAAUAUACUUGUAGAUAGUGUACGGUGUAAUACCCAAAGAUACUAUCAUUCAGAAUGAUGUUUCGAAGCCUUGUAUUGGUUUGCUUGUUCAGUACAGUAUGGUCAAGAUCAGUAAGUUAUGAUUUUUAAAAUUAUUUUAAAGUAUUACCAAAGUUUUGAGAGCAGAAUUAUGUGAAAACCCUAGUAUAAGGCAAAAUUUUUUGAACUUUUUGAAAUUUCGAAAUUGAAGGUUACUGAAGAUGAUUUUGCUACAGUAAUGGACGGAAUUAUCAUGCAUUCAACUUAUCAACCAGUCGAAUUCGAACAGUACCCUACUCAUGAUGGAGAACAGAUCAGAAACUUCCCCGCCAUGAUGUAAGGGUAUAUGUUUAUAUUCUUGAAGUUUUAACGAGAAUAUUAUUUUUAGUUGACUAGGUUAAAUCGUGUAGACACUGUAUUUUACAAAAAAAAAUUUAGAGAAGAUGAGCAAGGAAUCUAUUACUUUGGCCAAGCUUAUCAAGAUUCUGAUAACAAAUGGUGCGCUUUGUUCAAUAUCCGACAGACUAUCAAAGAAACUUGUACUCGAUUUCGUGUUCUGGUCAAUAUUCCCAGAAAUGAGUAGGUUUGAACAGGUUUAGGUAACAUUAAAGGCUAUUUUAAUGCAUUUUAGGCUUUGAAGAAGGGAUUUUAUGCUAUUUUAAAUCUAAAAAAGUUUUUUUAAUGUUUUUAGAUUGAAAAACACGUUCUUAAACUAUAGCUUCUAAUUUUAUAGGUAUUUCCUUCGAAACCCAUCAAAUAUAGAGCCAACCGAUGAAUUGGUCACCGUUACCGACAGCACUUUGGUGUUAUUGAAAGACCAAAACAAAGAGGGUGAUACUGUAUUUGGGACGUUGGCCAAACACCCUGAUGGAUAUUGGACCGUGUUGUACAUUGAUUACGAGAAGAAUGCUCAACGACUCGAAAUCGACCAAGUUUCCGGCAAGUACCUGUUGUACGUGGUCAAGGAUCAUAUUUCUAAAGUUUAA